GACAGAAGGGCACGCUGCAAAUGUGGCCACUGGACCGGUGUGAGGAGACCUGUCUUUUAGUCGUCUUUCCCUACCGACCUCCUCCCCAACGGCUCCACCCCUUCACAAACGACACCCAAAGGGCUAAGGGCCAGGAGUGGACAGAGGCGCCCUCUGUCUCCCAGGAGGGAAGGGGCUGUCCUGUGUUUCUUUCCGUUCUUGCUUGCACCACCUCCCUGAGCCUAGCGGGAACAGCAGUAGCAGUCCCUCUAACACAGACUCCCAAGUAGCCCUCAUAAUUGGGAGGGAUGAGACCCUGUGGUCCUUCCUGAUCAGGCUGUGUCCCAGUCGCGUGGCGCUGUGUUGGGAUGGCUAGUGACAGCAGGGGCGGUCCCCUCAGCGGAGGCGGAAACUUGACACUUCAGACUUGGGAGUGGCUCUCGCCUUGCCUGGUGCUUAUAAACUUCAGCCUCAGGGCUCCAGAUCGGUUAGCUGCAUCCCACCUUCUUUCCCGGUCAAUCUGUGUGGACAUCAGCUCCUGCUUUGGUAUACUGAUGGCAGCAGAGACUCUGACUGAACUGGAGGCGGCCAUUGAGACUGUGGUCUCUACUUUCUUCACCUUUGCAGGGCGGGAAGGACGCAAAGGCAGCCUGAACAUCAAUGAAUUUAAGGAACUGGCCACUCAGCAACUGCCUCAUUUGCUCAAGGACGUGGGCUCUCUAGAUGAAAAGAUGAAGACCUUGGAUGUGAAUCAGGACUCAGAGCUGAGGUUCAGUGAAUACUGGAGACUGAUUGGAGAGCUGGCAAAGGAAGUCAGGAAGGAGAAGGCCCUGGGGAUCCGGAAGAAGUAAAGCUUGCUGUCCAGCAGGACCUGUUGGGCAGAGCCAGGCAGCACUCCACCCCUGCCCCCAAAUAAAGCUUUCUUCUUGAAACACA